UUCCCGGCCUCGACUGACACUUCGGAGGCGGGCCGGAGCCGGUGAAAGCGGGAGGCUGGAGCCGGCUGCCCGGCGGGACGGAGGCGGCAGCGGCGGCGGCGCUGCUGAAGGCAGCUUCGGGCCUGCUGUGCGGCGCUUCGCCUCAUCGGCUGCCUCCGCGCGGGCUUGCAAGCCAAUGAGGGCCCGGACCCCGGCCCUCGCUGCCUCAGGAGCUGCCGGGAGCCCCCCGUGCCGUCCGCCGGCCCGAGGAGGGGCGGGUCGCCUGGACCCCCAUGCGGCGGCUCCAGGAGAAGUUCAGAAGAUUCAUGAAUCAUCCAGCUCCAGCAAACAGUCGUUAUAAACCUACUUGCUAUGAGCAUGCUGCUAACUGUUACACUCACGCAUUUCUUAUUUGCCCAGCCAUUGUUGGUAGUGCCCUCCUUCAUCGACUCUCUGAGGAUCAGUGGGAAAAGAUAACAGCAUGGAUGUAUGGAGUUGGUCUGUGUGCACUUUUCAUCGUUUCAACAGUGUUUCAUAUUAUUUCUUGGAAAAAAAGUCAUUUAAGGACAAUGGAGCAUUGUUUUCACAUGUGUGACCGAAUGAUGAUCUAUAUCUUCAUUGCAGCAUCGUAUGCACCAUGGUUAAAUCUUCGUGAACUUGGACCUCUGGCAUCUCAUAUGCGUUGGUUUAUCUGGCUAAUGGCUGCUGGAGGAGCUUUUUAUGUAUUUCUCUACCAUGAAAAGUAUAAAAUUGUGGAGCUCUUCUUCUAUUUAGCAAUGGGAUUUUCUCCUGCUCUAGUGGUAACUUCCAUGAACAACACCGAUGGGCUUCAAGAACUUGCCUGGGGAGGCUUAAUUUAUUGCAUGGGAGUGAUCUUCUUCAAGAGUGAUGGAAUAAUUCCAUUUGCCCAUGCCAUCUGGCAUCUGUUUGUUGCCACGGCAGCUGCAGUUCAUUAUUACGCUAUUUGGAAGUAUCUUUACAGAAGUCCUGCAGAUAUCAUCCUUCAGUUAUGAUAUUAAAUACAAAGACAGACACAUCUGCAACAACAAUAUGCCUUUGACUCAGUAUUACUUAGGGAAAAAACAUUCUGGGGAAAUGUGGGGAGGGGGACUGCACAGGGAAAAAUGCACUGACUUCGAUCGUUUUCACCUUUACUGUGAACUUAAGGGACAAAAAUGUUUUGUAGAAUUACAGUUUGUAUAGCAAGUGCUGGAGAAUGUAGUUCUCUAAGCACUUUCCUAGGAAAGCCCCAACUGAAAUAAAUAGGACUUGUGCAAGAAUAUAGCCCUCCUGUUCAUUUCAGUGUGGCUUGCACAGAAGUGUGUCCUUUUCAUAUUGCAUCCACCGUGAAGAUGUGGAGGCUAAAUCUAACCAGUAAACUUUAGGGCAUUUAAGUCCAUUUAAGCCCAACUUGGGAUUGUGGUUCAAACCAACAUGCUGCAUUAUUAAAUAUCCAUUCCACAUUAACAAGCUACAGUUAUGUGAAAAAUGGGUGGUAUCCUGAUGUUUACAAAUUCUUUUUUUAAUGUAUGUCAUAAGUUUAACUUCUGCAUCUUUAAAUGAUGUAAACUUUUGAACUGUAGAAGUUUAUGUGAUAGCAAAGCCACAUUUUUAAAAUUGCUUCUAUCACUUUUCACAAAUAAUUUCAUAAAAUACAAAUCAUGGGCAGAUAGGCUUUAGUUCUCCCUUCCCAAAUCUGAUGAACCAGUGUGACUUUUAUAAGAUUUUUUUUAAAAAAAAAAUUAAAAGAACAUAGCUGUUUUUUUGCAAAAACCAAAAAAAUGGCUACAUUCCACGUAUUGUCCUGACAGAUAAUAUUUCUUCCGGGGUUUUCAUUUUAAAAAAUGUGAUUGAUAAUAAUUUCCAAAACUGGCUUUGCCAAUCUAACCUGAAAAACCUCUACCCUCUGUGGUAAACUGAAUUGCCUGGGUGGAGUAUAUUUAAGGAUACAACUAGUGCUACCUAAUACAGUGCCAUUUCUAGAGGAAUUUGCAGGUAUCUAUGUGAAAGCAUUCUGAACAUUUUAGUUAGAAAGGUGACCAGCAAUUAACAGCUGUAACAUUUAAAUGACUCUAAAGCAUCAGUAAUUUUGUAGAUUCAUAAGACAUUUGGUGCUCAAGUAGAGGUUAUAGUGCAACCCUGUGCCUGUUUACUCAGAAAUAAGUCUCACUGUAUUCAUGAGGUUUACUCCCUAGUGAUUUUAAGACUCUGUCCUUACAGUAUUCAAGAUUACUAGUUUGGGCCAGUUGCUCUGGCUGGAUGUAACCUCGCUACUGUACUUUUGCCAUUUCUGAAAACUAAAGAGUUGCUGAUAAACUUUUGAAUAUUAAUAGUGAGUGGUUCACUAUAACACCCAAAUGGCCUUUAAGGAAGAGAAACUUAGAAGACUUGCUAUGUCUCCUCAGUCUGGGAUUUAAAGUACCAAAACUACAAAAGUAUCUUUUUUUUAGUAGUUGGGAUGAUAAAGAAUGGUUGCAGUUUGGUUGUGUGAUGCGUUUAUUAAAUGACAAGAUGUUAGAAUUUUCAUUGUGAUGGUCAGUGUCCAGUUACUGUAGUGUGUCCCACUGUACUAUAAAUGUCUUAUAUUAAGAUUGAAUUUAUUCUUUUUGUAACUUGCUCUUUUUCAUGUAAGUGUUUAAAAAAAAAACUAAAAUGAAACAUGUUGCCUUUUUCAGAUUUUACUCUGGAUAUUUUACCUGUGAAACAAUAGACCUAAACUAUAAAUAUGUCAGGGAAGGGUUGUCCCCCCCAUCCUUCAGUAGUUACGUAAUCUCUUCAAAAUUUGCCAGUUGGUUGUAGCAUAGCUUCUAGAAUUGGAUGCCUUUGUAUACAAUUUUUAGGCAGGGAUGGAUGCUCUGAAGGAACCUGGUUUCGAUGCAGUAUUAGCUAAUGACUAUAACAUUGUAUCUCAUCAGGACUCACUUCCAAAGCUGUUCAGAGUGUAAAUGUGUCUAUAGGGCUCUGAAUAAAUGGUAGUUGUGUCACUCUUUAUCAGCAUGGCAAACAUUUUAUAUACGCAGUUGGAAAAGAAUUGAAGAGCCUUACAAGAAAUUCCCACAUAGCUAUUGGAAUCCAAGGGUUGGAGCAGAACUUGCUUAACUUUCUGAGUAGCAUUUCAGAAAAAACAUCAGAGUACUAAAACAUUUACUAUGUCAGUCCUGAAUUAUCUGAAUGACAUAGCUCUGUCUUUUUUAUUUUCUUAACUGAUGUUUCUGACUCUAAAUAUUUUCACUUUAUGUGAGUUCUUUUAAUCAAAUGUAGUACUGUUAAAACCACUAAAAUGUGUCUAAUGCUCUGCUUUUGUCAAAACUAGUUCUAAAUAAUUCUGCUGCCUUCAUGGUAACUUUUAAUGUGCUUGUUUUAAGGGUGAAAAGUGUUGAGAUUGAAAACAACUGAACAUGCCCUCCCGCAAAUUCAAUCUAGCCCCUGAAGGUUAAAUGUACUAGAUAAAUGCAAAUAAACAUUUUGUGCAAUUUGAA